AGAAAUGAGAAAAGAGAAGAAGCCCGCAGGCAGCCAGGCAGGAGGCAGAGGCUAGAAGCUGCUCAGAGGGGGCCAGAGGAGGAUGAAAGCCCACAAGGGCAGGGAGCUGAGCAGAAAGGAGACAGUGGCCCAGAGAGAAGCAGCUGAUGUCACUAGCAGUUGUGAGCGGCCGCCUCUCCCGGGGACAAUGUGGCACUGAGCGGCCCAGCCACCCCCCCAGCGCUGCAGGACAGACCCCAGAGAGCAGGCGGCCAUCAGGCCAGGUGGAUGCACUGUCGGGCCACCUCCUCAGUGGCAACCUCCCUAGACAGGAUGAGCGGCUCUGACCCGGGGCUUGAGGAGGAGCCGGAGCUGAGCAUCACCCUCACACUGCGCAUGAUCAUGCAUGGAAAGGAGGUGGGCAGCAUCAUUGGAAAGAAAGGGGAGACAGUCAAGAGGAUCCGGGAGCAGAGCAGUGCUCGGAUCACUAUCUCCGAGGGCUCCUGUCCAGAGAGAAUCACCACCAUCACCGGCUCCACGGGUGCUGUCUUCCACGCUGUGUCCAUGAUUGCCUUCAAAUUGGAUGAGGACUUAUGUACAGGCCCCCCAAAUGGUGGCAGCAUCUCUAAGCCUCCAGUUACCCUUCGGCUGGUCAUUCCAGCCAGUCAGUGUGGUUCCCUCAUUGGGAAAGCAGGGACCAAGAUUAAGGAGAUUCGAGAGACUACAGGGGCUCAGGUACAGGUGGCUGGAGACCUGCUUCCCAACUCCACAGAGCGGGCAGUCACUGUUUCUGGGGUCCCAGAUGCCAUCAUCCUCUGUGUUCGCCAGAUCUGUGCAGUGAUCCUAGAGUCCCCUCCCAAAGGAGCUACCAUCCCCUACCACCCCAGCCUCUCCCUGGGCACCGUCCUGCUCUCCGCCAACCAGGGCCAGUAUGGAACAGUGACUCCAGCAGAGGUCAGCAAGCUCCAGCAGCUGUCUGGCCAUCCCGUCCCCUUUGCUUCACCCAGUGUGGUGCCAGGACUGGAUCCCAGUGCCCAGACCAGUUCCCAGGAGUUCCUGGUUCCCAAUGACCUGAUCGGCUGUGUGAUCGGGCGUCAGGGCAGCAAGAUCAGUGAGAUCCGACAGAUGUCUGGGGCCCACAUCAAGAUCGGGAAUCAGGCAGAGGGCUCAGGGGAGAGGCAUGUUACCAUUACGGGCUCCCCUGUCUCCAUCGCUCUGGCCCAGUACCUCAUCACUGCCUGUUUAGAGACGGCCAAAUCUACCUCAGGAGGGACCCCAGGCUCGGGUCCUGCAGACCUGUCGGCCCCUUUCUCCCCCCCCUUGGCCCCAUCACCAGCCCUGACUGCCCUGCCGGCGGCACCUCCGGGCCUGCUGGGGACGCCCUACGCCAUCUCCCUUUCCAACUUCAUCGGCCUCAAGCCCGUGCCCUUCCUGGCCCUGCCCCCGUCCUCGCCAGGGCCGCCUCCCAGCGGCCUUACCGCUUACACUGCCAAGAUGGCAGCCGCCAAUGGCAACAAGAAGUCAGAAAGGCAGAAGUUCUCCCCCUACUAAAGCCAGGGAAGGAGCCGGGAGCCAGGGAGUGACACCGCGGGGCGGGGAACAGCCCUGACUCUUGCUCCUCAGGAGCCCCAUUCUGCUUCUCCCCUGACCCCCACCCCCACCACAUCCAUACUAGGGGCCAAGGCAGACAAUUCCCUAGCAAUGUUGACACCCAUACACAUGGAUUUUAGGGCCCCGUUGGCCUCAGCCAGUGCCGUCCAUCCAGGAUCUCUUAUCUCAGGCCAAGUUGAGGGGGGAGGUGCUGACCCAAUUCUAGGAAGCCAGCGGGAGAGGGAAGAGAUGGCAGAGACAGUUAUGUAGCCCCAAACCAACUGCCUGUCCAAGGGGACUGAACCUCCUUCCCUUUCCCUGCCCUCUGCUCAUCCCUGACUGGGACACAGGAAAGUCCAGGGGAGAGAAAAGCCUCUGGUGCCCCCCUCUCUGAGGGGCUCCCUCACAUCCUAGGGGGAAGGGAAGGCGAGUUCCAAGGAGGCUCCCCCUGUUUUCCACCCACAUAGGGCUCCUGCUGCUUAAGCAACAUCCUCUUGACUGGAACAGGCUGGCUGGGAAGGGGCAUAGCGGGGGGUAGGGGCCAGGAUUGGGGGGCACUGCCAGGCAGCUGGGGGUGGGAACAGGGGAGGGGGCGGGGUAGGCGCGCUCUCAGCAGCCAAGACUCUGUACAGUUUUUUCAAUCCAGUUUUUGAAUAAAUAUUCUCAGUGA